AUGAGAGCCAAAUAUGUUCUGGACCAACUUUUUCGCAAGAAAACUUUCGUCGGUGGAUCGGCUCUCGACUCGCAGCUGAAACGAUGUCUGGGAGUGAUCGAUGUGAUGUUCAUAGCUGUAGGCCAAAUGGUUGGAGCUGGUCUCUACGUAUUAGCUGGCACAGUCGUACACAAUCAGACGGGUCCAUCAAUCGUUAUCUCAUUUUUAUGUGCAGGGUUUGCCGCCCUUAUGUCGGCUUUUAGCUAUGCCGAGUUCGGUGCCAGGUUUCCUCGAGCCGGUAGCGCUUAUACUUAUACCUACAUCGGCGUGGGCGAACUGGCUGCUUUCGGAAUUGGUUGGACCGUCGCACUCGAGUACAUGAUUGGAAACGCAGGUUCAGUUUAUCUAUCAACCCCAUUCUUUUGA